GAUCCAGAACUGAAGAAGCUGUAUGAUUACUUGGCGCAGUACUUCGAACCCAAGAUCCGUCUUCCCCCAGCGGGGAGCAAGUCAGCCGAGAGUCUUGAGGAUUGUCAGGAACAAGAUGCUGGGGCAGCGGGGGUUGAGAGUGGGGAAAGUCAAGAGAGUGAACUUGAAGAAGCGGGACCUGUUUGCUUGCAUGAUGUGUACGCCGCAAUCAGCCCCCAAGAAAGUGACCCUAGCGCUGUGAUGGCCAGAAAAGAGGAGAAACUUUGUUGGACUUUGGGGAGGGACCUCAGAAAAACACCCAGCCCCAGUGAAGACUUCGAGAGUGCUUGGUGCAAGGGUCCAGGUGAUUCAACUCCACCGAAACAGAUUGAGCUACCGUCGUCUGUCAAUGGGCCUGUGCCGGAAGAGCUUAUGAACUCUGUACGUUCACGUGUGAUGUUUUUGGAGCAGCAAAUGCAGCAGAGGCGUGUCGCGUUGCUGGGCAAGAAGUGUUGGGGCAGCGCGGAGGAAACACAGCCCUAUGACCAUGAUGCCACCCUUCGGUAUGAAGAGGACACACGCAACAAGAGUCAAGAGCAUGAUGAUAGGACCACUGAGACACCUUUCCCAACUGAGCCGGACCCAAAGGAUGCUAUGGAUGACCUUCAGGGAAAGCAACUUGAACCUCCCACUCCGCCAGUGCUACCGGGAUGUCUUGACAAAAAUUUCAAGUGUCCAGUUGUGAUGUUGGAACAUGAUGUCCGAGUGAUCAUGGCUACAGGGUUUACCAAAGAGAUGGCUGAGGAAGCUUUGGUGAAAGCCAGGGGAUCCUUGCCCGAAGCCAUGGGCUUGUUGAUUCGUGCCCGCUAUGGCAUUCCCAAGCCGCACAAGCCUGACACAAAGGAACUGCAAAACAGACCUGAACAAAAAGUUGAAACAACAAUGGAGCCAAAAGCUGAACCCAAAGUUGAAGCCAAAGGUGAGCCAACGAGCCCAUCGCCUAUGGACAUCGUUGCCGCAGCCUCACCUGUGACACGGAGAGACCAGAGAGAAUUCCGAGAACAACUGAAGGCAGUAGGUUCAGAGGAGGAAGGUGAGGAAGGAGACGAUGAUGAGGAGGAAAAGCCAACAAGGAAAACCAGGGUUAAAAGUAAGGCAAAGGCAAAGGCAAAGGCCAAAGCAAAGGCCAAAGCAAAGGGGAAAACAAAGAAAAAGGCUGAUGACAACGGAGUUCGUGGCAAGGGCGCCAAGGGAAAGGGUGCAAACAGCUCCAAAGAACCUAAGGGCCCGUCAAAGAAGCCUGCGACCAAGAGCAAAGGGAAAGACCACAAGGAACCGGAUUCCAGUCCCAAGACACGCAAGUUGAACAAUGGGAAGAAAACACCUGUUGAACCCAAGGUCUCUGCUGACACUGGGAAACGUGAAAAGGCUACCUUCGCAGGACGCUACAUUCCCAAGACUCAGCCUUUGCGUAGUGUGUGGGUUGCUGCUCGCAAAGCCUUUGUUGGCAUCAAGGGGGAGCUCAAA